AUGAAGCGUAAGUUAACUUCUGGAAUCCCAGAUAAAGGUUCAAAUGAUGAGAAAAAAGACGAUUCCGUGUCUACGAAUUUGUUCAAAGCUCCGAGUAAUGUUGGCAUCAGCGAAAGUUGGAAUGACAGUAGUCGAUCAAAUUCCCCCGGUGCACAAGGUGUGAGGAGACCAAGAAGGGCUACAUCACAGAAUGUUGAUUACGACUUAAAGAAAAGAAGGAUUAUACCGUCUGAAGAUUAUUUUCGUAAAGAAAAGACCAGGAAGGACGUGUUGGCUGGCAAGGGUGAAGAUAAUUUUAAUUAUCGCGAUGAAGAAACGCAGGAAGAAGGAGAGCCAGUACACAAAGAAGUGAUAGAACAUGAUGAGAACGGGGACGCAGUGUAUAUGAAUGAACCGGAAGAACUUAAUGAUGCAGUGAAUGGUGCAACGGGAUUGCCACUCAGUCAGGGUCCUCCGGAAAAGGUAAAGAAAGAAUCACUAUGGAACUAUAAGAAAAAUUUGUCAUCUCCAGAGUCAUAUAUGUCUUUAUCAACUUCUGAAGGCAAGAAGAAUCUGGAAUUGAAGAUAUACAGGCCCAUGCUGAAGACGGGGAAAUCGGAAUCGAUUACAAGGUCAAGUAGUCUGAGAGAAAGGUUACAUCCCAAAGAUAUUCAUGAUGACGAGAGAGAUGAGCUGAUCAAACCAGAGCCUAAGAAGGGACAUGACCACCACGGACCCAGUCAUAUUAAGAUUAAAGCUACCGUUUCAAAAGAAACAAAAAGCAAAUUAUUUGGUCAGAAUUCGCUGGCUCAUCUCGUGAAUACAGCCACUAGGAGCAGCCCAAGAAACUUGACUCCCACACAGGAGGUGGAGAAUGACGAUUUUUGUUCAUCGUGUUUACAAAGUGGAUCUUUCCUUUGCUGUGAUACAUGCCCGAAAUCAUUUCAUUUCCUUUGUUUGAACCCACCAUUGGACGCUGAUAACCUACCAGAAGGCGACUGGUCUUGCCCACAGUGCACUUUCAAGCAAAAGCAUCAAAACUUGACUCAAAUAAGGAAAAGUGAGAAGGAGUUCAUAAGGACAGAGUUACCUCCAAGCGCCAGACUCUUCGGGAAAUUGCUCUUUCAAUUGGAGGCAAGUAAUCCUAAACAAUUUAGCCUUCCUCCAUCGAUAAAAGACUCCUUUCAGCACGUUAGAAGUGGUUCCAGAGGCCAAUAUUGUGAUGAGAGGGAAAAGGAACCCCUGACAGAGAAACAACUUUUUGGGUCAGCAUACGGUCAGUGCAUCUCCAAACUAGAUAGAUAUAAUCCUGAUAUUCAUCUGGAUCCGGACACAGGGAAAAUACUGAUAUGUUAUAAAUGUGGUACCACUAAGAUGGGUACUUGGGAUGAUCCAGACACAUCCCGACUAAUUAUGAGGUGCGAUUACUGCAAGACUCCAUGGCAUUUGGAUUGUUUACCAAACGUCCCUCGAGCAUCAUUGAAGAACCUGGGAACCAAUUGGAAAUGCCCUUUGCAUGCACCAGCACGAAAAGAACCACACUCUCAAAGAAGGUUGGCAAAACACCAGAAGUUUAUAGAGCCCUACCAAAGUUGUGGUUUCAGAAAUAAUGGAGAAGUCGACAUUAUACUCGAUGAAAUCACCGCCCCCGCCUCGAGAGGAAUGAUAGAAUCUUUAAAAAAGAGCGGAGAUUUCCCACCAAUCUCAUUACUACGAGAGAGAUCAGUUAAACUGGAUUUUCUGGAUAAAGUGUUCCAAGCUAAAAAAGUACAGAGGGAAAAUGAGUUUAAGUGUCAAGAGCGGCUCAUAGACAGACUGAUACUCUCCUCAAACCAAAGCAUUAACGAGAAAUCAAAUCUACAAGAAAUCAUGUCACUUGUCUAUUUCACAAUGGGUGCCGCUAAUCCCCCAUGGAAAAAGCUCUGGGAUUUUAAGGAGCUAUGUUCUGUGGCACAACAGGAGUUGGACCAACAGGAAUUUGCUCGGGAAAAUAUAACAGAUGAUGAGUUGAGACAGCUUUCCUUAUUAGAAAAACUGCUGGAAUCGAGGCCAAAAGAAGAUAUCUGCAAGAUUUUGAAUAUAAAGCAAUGA